AUGUCUAGAUAUCCACCAGAGGCUGAUGAAGGCCAGAGGCGGCACUACAACGAUGGAACCUACAAUUAUCCAGCUUAUGACCCCUACGAGCCGCAGCAGCCCAAUCCGUACGACAACCACCCCAACCCAUACGACAGGAACUACAACGAUCCAUUCACUGGAUCACCGACGACGACGACGAAUCCGUUCAACACACCUGGUCCUCCUCCACCCUUACACCCAUCCGCUUAUGGAAACGCGCCGCCAUUAGCGAUCCCAACGCCUCCUCCUCCCCCGCCACACGUGAUCCCCUCGGCGUCCCCGCCGAUGUUGACGCAUACGCCUCUUCCCCCGCCGGGCCAUGUCCAAUUCCAGGUUGCCCCGCCGCAACCACCAGGGACGCCGCUGUCGACGGGGUACAGGCGCUCAGCGUACGAGCCCGACGACGAUGGCGGCAUGGAUGCGGGUGAUAUCCCGCUGCUGCGGCGAGAUCCAGCCUCAGACUCAUCACUGCUACGCCCGCCGAGCGCGAUGCCUGUCCCUGUCAACUACGACGACAACCGGAGUCCUAGCACGGCGCCUGAGGACACCACGAACAUCCGCUACGGGCGGAUUCCACAGCGGGUCCCUAGGCGGUACAAGACUGUGAAAAAAGUCGAAUUGUUCCAUGGAAACUUUGUGCUCGACAACGCCGUCCCGCCCAAGCUCCUCGACAUGUGUCCUAACCGUCACGAUCGAGAAUUCACCCAUAUGCGGUAUUCUGCGGCCACCUGCGAUCCUAACGACUUCAAGGACUCUGGGUUUACUCUACGCCAGGUGCAUUACGAUCCACCUCGAAAGACCGAGCUUUUCAUCGUGAUGACGAUGUACAACGAAGACGAAGAGUUGUUCUGCCGGACCAUGCACGGUGUGAUCAAGAACAUUGCGCAUUUGUGCAAGCGCGACAGGAGUAAAACGUGGGGCAAGGAGGGCUGGAAGAAGGUCGUGGUGUGCAUUGUCAGCGACGGUCGAGAGAAGAUCAACUCGAGGACGCUUAGCGUUAUCGCGGCAAUGGGCGCCUAUCAGGAGGGUAUCGCAAAGACAAAGGUUGGGACGAAGGACGUGACGGCGCACAUUUACGAGUACACGACACAGAUCUCCGUCACGCCUUCCAUGAAAAUCGAAACCUCUACAUCUGGCACCGUCCCUGUGCAAAUCAUCUUCUGUCUCAAGGAAAAGAAUCAGAAGAAGAUCAACUCGCAUCGGUGGUUCUUCAACGCCUUUGGUCCGAUCCUCGAGCCCAAUGUUUGCGUUCUCCUCGACGUCGGUACCAUGCCGGGACCUACCUCCAUCUACCAUCUCUGGAAAGCCUUCGACAUCAACUCGAACGUUGGAGGGGCUUGUGGAGAGAUCGUGGCGUUGAAGGGAAAGUAUGGCCUCAACCUCGUCAACCCACUCGUCGCUGCGCAGAACUUCGAGUACAAGAUGAGUAACAUCUUGGAUAAACCUCUGGAGUCUGUGUUCGGGUAUAUUACUGUGUUACCUGGAGCGUUCAGUGCCUACCGGUACAUCGCCCUUCAGAACGACCCGGCGACUGGCGAAGGUCCUCUACGACAGUAUUUCCUUGGUGAAUCGAUGCACGGAGCAGGAGCGGACAUCUUUACCGCCAACAUGUAUUUGGCUGAGGAUCGAAUUCUCUGUUGGGAACUCGUCUCGAAACGAGGGGGCGCAUGGACUCUCCACUACGUCAAAUCCGCCUACGCUGUUACCGACGUACCGGACCAAGUCCCAGAACUCAUCUCGCAGCGUCGUCGAUGGCUGAACGGUUCUUUCUUCGCUGCUGUGCACUCGGUCUUCCAUUUCCACUAUCUAUACCGGAGCUCCCAUUCGUUCAUGCGUAAAUUCUGGAUCCACGUCGAGAUGUUUUAUCAGUUGUUCAACUUGAUCUUCGCCUGGUUCUCGUUAGCUAACUAUUACAUCGCAUUCAACAUUCUUUGCACUGCGAUGGAGGAUCCCAGCUUUGGCCUCAAAGGCAUCAACAUUUUCAACAUUAUUAUCAAUUACUUCUACGUUGGCCUCCUGCUCAUGUGCUUCAUCUUGAGUUUGGGUAAUCGACCACAGGGAGCGAAAUGGUUCUAUACGAUGGCGAUGAUUGGGUUUGCCUUGAUUACGGUUUACAUGACGUUUGCAGCGUUCUUCCUGGCUGUGAAGGGUAUCCAGGCUAUUGGACGGGAGACGGACGGCGGUAUCACGUUUGGCACGUUCUUCGAGAAUAGUAUCUUCAGGAACAUCAUCCUGUCGCUGGCUGCAACCUUAGGCCUGUACCUCCUCGCCUCGCUUAUCUUCUUCGAACCGUGGCACAUGAUAACCUCCUUCCUGCAAUACCUCCUCAUGGCCCCCUCGUACAUCUCCGUCCUCAACGUCUACGCCUUCGCCAACGUGCACGACGUGUCUUGGGGUACCAAGGGUGACAACAAGGCCCCCACCUCGCUCGGUACGGUCCCAACGUCCAAGAACAAGAACGAAGUCGAGGUCGAACUUCCGACGAGCGAGAAGGACAUCAACGCGCUGUACGAGGAUGCGAUCCAUGUUCUCAACACGAAGCCGCCCAAGCAGGAAGCAAAGGUCGAUGCGGGCCAGAAGCAGGAGGAUUACUAUAGGAACUUUAGGACCAAUGUGCUGUUGGCCUGGACUCUGACGAACGGUUUGUUGGCUGCUGCGAUCACUUCGACGGCGAGUAAGGAUGGAGCUGGCAAGGCUGUUGAAGGUUAUAUGGCGUUCUUGCUGUUCUCUGUUGCUGGACUUGCUUUUGUCCGGUUUAUUGGUUCGACUACGUAUAUGAUUGUUCGGUUGUUUGCUGGAGAGUAA